AAAAAACGCUUCAGUUUCAGAGAGGUUGGUCACAGAUCACUACAUAUCUCUCUCUCCCUCCGAAUCAAACGCCCCCGGACCCUCAUCUCUCUCUCUUUUUCUGGGAGUUACGAUGAUGCCGGAAGAGCGCUUCAAUGUCCGCCACGCUCAUAAGCCCAGGAGGGACGCCUAUGGGUUUGCUUUGAGACCUCAAUAUGUACAAACAUAUCAAGAAUACGCUCAUAUCUACAAGGAGGAGGAAGAUGAACGAUCAGAUAAAUGGAAGAAUUUCCUUGAACAUAUAGAAAAAUCUUCUCAGUCGUGCUCUCUUGAGAAGGCACAUACAGAGGAAUUGCCAGCUGAAGCUACAGAGCAGAAGGCAUAUAGAGAGGAACUUCAAGCUGAACCUACUGAGCAGAAAGCAGAGAUAGUUUCUGAGAGCGAUGAGGAAGGGAAUGACAAAAGUAGUCUGAAAUCUAUUUCUGAAGGUUCAUCAGAAAGAGAUCCCAAAAAGGAGGCUCAACUUCCAAAAGAAACAGGAAAAAGUAAGGUCCAAACAUGGAGCUUCAUUAGGUCAUCCCUUAGUUCCAUUGAAAAUAUGAUGAGCAUUCGUGUUAGGAAACAAAAGAAUAUGAAAGAUGAGCAUAUAGUUGUGGAUAAAGACCAUCUUCCAUCAAUAGAAGAAGUUCCUUCACAAGAUGCUUUUGAGGAUGGUCAAGAGGAAGACAUUUAUCUUGAUGCCUCCAGUGGAGCAACUUCUGUAAGUAACAGAGAAUCUGACGGAUUGAAAGCUUCUGGGGAAGAUGAGGUUGUGGAUGGUGGUGUCUGUAACAGUGUGCAAGCUGAUCAGACAAAAGAAGAUGUGGCUAAUGGGAUCCAUCCAGAACCUCUCUUUCCCUGGAACCAGGAACUGGAGUCCCUUGUUCAUGGAGGAGUUCCAAGAGAUCUCAGGGGAGAGGUAUGGCAAGCUUUUGUAGGUGUGAAGGCUCGUCGGGUGGAGAAAUAUUAUUAUGACCUCCUGGCUGAAGAAACAGAUCCUGGCGAAAGCAUGGAUAAUGAUAAUUCAUGUGGUGCUUUCAGAAAAUGGAGAAAGCAGAUUGAGAAGGACAUACCACGUACCUUUCCAGGACAUCCUGCAUUAGAUGAGAACGGUCGGAAUUCAUUGAGGCGUUUGCUUUUGGCUUAUGCUCGUCAUAACCCCUCUGUUGGGUACUGCCAGGCAAUGAAUUUCUUUGCAGGGUUAUUGCUACUUCUGAUGCCUGAGGAAAAUGCUUUUUGGACUUUGGUGGGUAUCAUGGACGACUAUUUUGAUGGCUACUAUACUGAAGAAAUGAUAGAAUCUCAGGUGGACCAGCUUGUUUUUGAGGAACUAGUGCGAGAAAAGUUUCCAAAAUUGGUGAAUCAUCUGGAUUACUUGGGAGUCCAGGUGGGAUGGAUCAUUGGACCCUGGUUUCUUUCCAUUUUUGUAAAUAUGAUUCCUUGGGAAAGCGUUAUUCGAGUUUGGGACGUGCUUCUGUUUGAAGGAAAUCGUGUUAUGCUAUUUCGAACAGCACUUGCUUUAUUGGAGUUAUAUGGUCCUGCUAUAGUCACCACUAAAGAUGCAGGGGAUGCUAUUGUUUUGUUUCAGUCCCUUGUUGGCUCCACAUUUGAUAGCAGCCAGCUAGUUUUGACUGCAUGCAUGGGAUUUUUAGCUAUAACUGAAACUAGAUUGAAAGAGUUGAGAGAUAAGCAUCGGCCAACUGUAUUAGAAGUAGUUGAGGAAAGAGCUAGGGCUAAGAAAUGGAAGGAUUCAAAAGGGCUAUCAGCUAAGCUGUACAGUUUUAAGCAUGAUCCUACUAUAACAGAAGAAAAAAGUACUACUGAAGAAGAAAGCGCCAAUGGAGAUGUAUCUCAAUCGAAAUCUGAUUCCUGUAAUCUAGAUGAAAUGCUUAAAGGCCUGUCUCUUUCUUCAGAACUAGAUUCCUUAUCGGAUCCUCAGGACCAGGUGGAUUGGUUGAAGGUUGAGUUAUGCAGGGUGCUGGAGGAGAAAAGAUCUUCUGUACUCAGAUCCGAGGAGUUGGAGACGGCACUUAUGGAGAUUGUCAGGCAUGAUAAUCGACGAGAAUUAAGUGCAAAGGUUGAGCAGUUGGAGCAUGAGGUGGCUGAGCUACACCAAGCCCUUGAGGACAAGACAGAGCAAGAAGCUGCAAUGCUUAAGGUAUUGAUGUUGGUAGAGCAAGAACAAAAGGUAACUGAAGAAGCCAGAAUAAGUGCCGAGCAAGAAGCGAUAACACAGAAACAUGCACUUUAUGUGCUUCAGGAAAAAUAUGACAAAGCUAUGUCUUCACUUACUGAAAUGGAAAAGAGGGUAAAAGUGGCAGAAUCAAUGCUGGAGGCUACAUUGCAAUAUGAAUCUGGCCAAGCUAAAGCUUUAUCUCCACGGUCUUUGCCAGGCUCAACGCAGGGAAAUCCCACAAGGAAGAUACCUCUUCUGUCAUUUGGUCUUGGUUGGCGUGACAGAAUGAAGAGAUCCAAUGACAGUAAAUCAACCAAUGAACAAAGUGACCCACCAAUUCCACAAGAGGAAACCACUCCCACUCCACAAGAGAAAACUUCUCCCACUCCACAGGAAAAAACUGGUGAGGAAGUGCAGGAACAUGUAGAGGGGGGAAGUGAUACCCAAGUAUUUGACUAGAUAUAUGUAUGUUUUUGUUCUACACACUUUUUAUCUUUGUAUUUAUGUACUCGUAGCUGAGGGAGCCAUACAUUUGUAAACUUGUCAAUUUUUACAAGUGGGUUCAUUAAAUCCCCAAGACAGUCAAAAUGUAAAUCAUGUUAGUUCUUUUGUUCUGUAGUCAAUUAUUGACACUCAGUCUAA